AUUUUUUUUUAUUUUAUAAUUCAAAAAGAAAAAAAAAGAUAUGGUAUUUACAAAGAGUUGUAUUAUAAAAGGUUUUAUUAUUAGACCAAAAAUUAGAUUUUUUUUCUUGCAACAAGUAGUGUGUGUGUGUGUGAAUAUUAUAUAGGAGGAGGAGGUCUUGUGCAUUAUUGUGCAAUCUUACAAUUAGAGAUAGUAUGGGAACUUUUUUUUCUUAAAGUUAAUUUUAUCAACUUGAUUUUGGAUAGUACUUGCAGCAACCAUUUCAUAUGUAUAGUAAAAGAAGUAGGUGUCAUCUUCCACCAAGUAAAUAUGGAUAAUACAACAUGUUUCGUGUUCCGUAUCUAUUCAGGGCUCCACUAAAACCCCUUAUUCACAAUUAUACACACACACACCAUGCUCAAAUGAAAGAGUGGAUGAUGCACGCAUAUGUUUAGAAUAAGAUCACUCAGCCCUACAUUACUACUGCCUUUAUUAUUAUUAAUACUAGUAUUGUCCUCUAGCAAUCUGAAAGAAGGCACAUCAAAGAUGUUUGUGGAUUAUUUCCAGUGCAGUACAAUAGGGCGACUGGUAAUGCUGCCUAGAACACACGUUUUUAUUAUCAUUAUCACUAUUAUUAUAAGAGAAAAAGAAAGAUAAAGAAAGGGAGAGGCUAAUGAUGAUAAUUAUGCUUCUCCUUAUUAUGAAAUGGAUCCAUAAAAUUGCUAAUAAUAGUAUGACUCA